AGCCCGCGGGCGGCUCAGAGCGCCGUUCCUAUCAUGGCCGCGGGAGCCGGGACGGCAGGCCCAGCUUCCGGCCCGGGCGUCAUGCGUGACCCGACAGCGUCACAGCCCAAGAAGCGGCCCGGCCGAGAGGGCGGGGAGGGCGCGCGGCGAUCGGAGGCUAUGGCGGGAGGAGGCGGGAGUAGCGACGGCAGCGGGCGGGCGGCGGGCCGGCGGGCGUCCCGCAGUGGCGGGCGGGCUCGGCGGGGGCGCCAUCAGCAGGGGCUGGGAGGCCCCGCCGAGCGGAGCGCGGGGGAGGCACGGCUGGAGGAGGCGGUGAACCGCUGGGUGCUCAAGUUCUACUUCCACGAGGCGCUGCGGGCCUUUCGGGGUAGCCGGUACGGGGACUUCAGGCAGAUCCGGGACAUCAUGCAGGCUUUGCUUGUCAGGCCUUUGGGGAAGGAGCAUACUGUGUCCCGGUUGCUGCGGGUUAUGCAGUGUCUGUCGCGCAUUGAAGAAGGGGAAAAUUUAGACUGUUCCUUUGAUAUGGAAGCUGAGCUCACACCACUGGAAUCAGCUAUCAAUGUCCUGGAGAUGAUUAAAACGGAAUUUACGCUGACAGAAGCUGUGAUUGAAUCCAGUAGAAAACUAGUCAAAGAAGCUGCCGUUAUUAUUUGUAUCAAAAACAAAGAGUUUGAAAAGGCUUCAAAAAUUUUGAAAAAACAUAUGUCCAAGGACCCCACAACUCAGAAGCUGAGAAAUGAUCUCCUGAAUAUUAUCCGAGAAAAGAACUUGGCCCACCCUGUUAUCCAGAACUUUUCCUAUGAGACCUUCCAGCAGAAGAUGCUGCGCUUCCUGGAGAGCCACCUGGACGAUGCAGAGCCCUACCUCCUCACGAUGGCCAAAAAGGCUUUGAAAUCUGAGUCAGCUGCCUCAAGCACAGCGAAGGAAGAUAAACAGCCCACACCAGAGCCUGUGGAAAAGCCACCCAGAGAACCUGCACGGCAGCUCCGGAAUGCUCCAACCACCAUUGGAAUUACCGCUUUGAAGGCAGCUUUUAAGACUCUGUCUCGUGCACAGGAUCCUGAGGCAGCCUUUGCAAAACUGGACCAGAAAGAUCUGGUACUUCCUGGUCAAGUACCUGUAUCAUCAUCAUCAUCAUCAUCAGCCCUCAAAAACAAAAGACUGAGAAAAGAUGAAAACGAAAGUUCAGCCCCUGCUGAGGGCGAGGGUGGCUCAGAACUGCAGCCCAAGAACAAGCGUAUGACAAUAAGCAGAUUGGUUUUGGAGGAGGACAGCCAGAGUACUGAGUCGAGCCCAGGCCUCAACUCCUCCCUGGAGAGCAUCCCAGCCUCACCAUCCAAGCCCACCGUUCUCAACCAAGCCCUCCCAAGGGAGAAGAAUCCCAAAAUAUCCAAAGGCAAAUGGAACAACUCUAAUGGGGUUGAAGAAAAAGACACUUGGGUGGAAGAGAACGAACUGUUUGCAGUCCAGGCAGCAUCAGAUGAAGAUCAUCCAACCAGUGUAACAAAAAAGCAGAAGUGGACUGUAGAAGAAAGUGAGUGGAUCAAGGCUGGAGUGCAGAAAUACGGGGAAGGAAACUGGGCUGUCAUUUCUAAAAAUUACCCAUUUGUUAACCGAACAGCUGUGAUGAUUAAGGAUCGCUGGCGGACCAUGAGAAAACUUGGCAUAAACUGAAACAGGCUUUCAUUUCCACAGAAUUCACAGGAGCAUGGUUCCUAAUAAUAGCUCCUGAUAGUUUGCUGUUUCUUUCAGAAGCUGGGCUGGGAUGAGAAUUUGGGCAACCUCCUUCCACGUGGGGGAGGUUCCACUUCCAUUUCAUCAUGAUUUUCGUUGGAGAUCAUGGAGCUAAGAAGCAAAGCCAAGUUCACCCAUGUACUUGGCAGAGAUGACAGGCACACAGCUUGUACAGUGCCAGAAUAUCAUUAGUGUUGCCCUUCUUUAGUGGUUUGCUUAAAUUUAAAUCCCCGAUAACCUAUAGAACCUUCUCCUAGAAAAUGGUGGAGUCUAUUAGGAGCCACUUAUGACUCUAUGACCUGUUAAAACCGGCGACAUGAACAUUGUUUGGAGUGAACUUGUUCCACGUAAGGUUUUGGACUUGUGAUGCAAAUGCAAAGGAACUCUGUUCUGAGCCCGUGGUGAUGGGAGACCAGUCCUCGUGGAGAUUCCCUUUCAAAACAGCUUAGCCAGUUAUGACGACCCUAGAUCUGACUGCCUCGGCAUUUGCUCUUAAUAUCUGCCGGGCUAUGUAGGCAGGUUUGUCCUCCACUUCUCAUGUGGUUGAACCAGUAUGUAUUUUGGUAAAACGUUGACUGUAGAUAAGCUUAGCACUCUCACCCCCUGCCUCUUUUCCCAAUUCCUUUCCUUCUGCUGGAAUUUUAAAGCUUAAAAAAAAAUCUUGAUUGAAUAUAAAUGCCUAAUGCCAUUCUUUGUGAAGUGGUUGCUUCCACCUGAUUUCCCUGAUCGUGCUGUAUUAGUGUCUUGCACUGGAAUUCAACAUUCCCUUCUCCUUUUGUACUGUGUUGUGCUUGCUGUCUCUCUUGGACAUCCUUGAAGACUGUCUUUUUAGCAAACAAUUUCAGUAAGGUGUUUUCUGUAAUCUUUUUUUAAAAUAAUGAGAACUAAUUAUUGUCCAUACUUGUAGCAUUCUUCAUUAAAGUCUUGCUUCUCUCAAA